GGCUGUUGUUUAGGACAGGAUAUUUUCAAUGAAUGUCAGAACAUGGAACUCUUGAGCACAAUGACACUUACUUAUGAAGUAUGUGUGUGUUUGUUGUUGUAUGCUCUUUGGGUCAUUGGGUGUGAGUGGAUGUCUGUCUGGAAUAAUGCAUGCCUUACUAUGGCCCCAGAGGUGAAAUUACCAUAUUUCCUGUUUCUCAAAGCGUGGGGAAGAUCAACUCACCGCUCUCUCCUCAUAUGAAUCACAGCAUGAGAAGAACAAUGUCAUGCCCCCACCACCAAACAUGCACCUCCCCCAGAGGCAGAACUAGACACACAGCUGGACCAUAUUAGAAUAGAGGAUAGGAGUACAGUGUAGAAGAGACCGGUGUAGUCUGUUGAAGUCAAGCUGCUGAACUCAUCUGAGACACAGCUGAGACUCUUGACAAACUUUGGCAGGAACACAGUGAUUUGAAGGGUGAUACUGUGGCAAAGGAGAUAACCAUUUUAGACUUCACUGUAUUAUCAUCACAGGACUUGGGACACAGGGGCUGCGUUACACGAAGCAGUGAAAGGAAGGAAGGGAGAGGCAGCUCUCUCGGCUUGUGGAAGUAGCGCCUGACCAUAAAUUAUAGCUUUCGCUGUGAGGGAGCACGGAUCCUCUGCAGCACCAUGAGUCUCUUUGCUCCAGCCGGGACUCCAGCCGGGACUCCAGCCGGGACUCUGCUAUUGCUGCUCUCUCUCUCUGCUCUCCUCCAUGGCUUUUCCUCCUCUCCCACCACGGAGGAGUGCACUGGCAUGGGCGUCCGGCUGCGCUCCUUCAAGCUGGUGUCCAACUGCAGCUUCACCACUCUGAAAGACAAACAGAUCCAGGAGGUGCAGGCUCCCACCACUGUGCUCUACGUGCCCAUGCUCUACCUGGUAGCCUUCACUGUGGGCCUGCCAGCUAACCUCCUAGCCCUGUGGGUCCUUCUGUUCCGUACCAAGAAGAUGCCAUCCACCAUCCUCCUCAUCAACCUCACCACCACCGACCUCAUGAUACUGAUGGUGCUCCCCUUCCGCAUAGUCUAUCACUUCCAGGGCAACGACUGGGUCUUCGGCGAGCCCUUCUGUCGCGUGGUCACGGCGCUCUUCUACGGCAACAUGUAUGGCUCGGUGCUGUGCCUGGCGUUCAUUGCAGUCGACCGCUACGUGGCAUUGGUGCACCCGUUCGCCAAAACCCUCCGCAGCUUCCGCACCUCCCUUUACAUGAGCCUGGGCGUGUGGGUGGUGGCGCUGGCCGCCAUGGUGCCUCUCCUCGUCUCCCGCCAGUCCUACAAGCUGGACGAGCCGAGCAUAACCACGUGCCACGACGCGUUGCCUGAGGAGGAGCAUGAGAACUACUUCCUGCCCUACUUUCUUACACUCUUCUUUCUCUGCUUCCUGCUCCCCCUGCUGGUCGUCCUCUACUGCUACGGCUCUGUGAUACGCACCCUAGUGGCGGGAGGCCAGCGCUACGCCCACGCUGUGCGCGUCACUGUGCUAGUGCUGGUAGUGUUCGUUGGCUGCCUGCUACCCAGCAACGUCCUCCUUCUCUUGCACUACUCCGACUCCUACCUGGUGGAUGACGGGGAGGACCUGUACGUGCCGUACAUGGUUAGCCUAGCUGUUAGCACGUUGAACAGCUGCAUCGACCCCUUCAUCUUCUACUACGUCUCUGACGACUUCAGGGAAAAGGUCAGGACGGUGCUGUGUUGCCGCGACGACAACGGGAGAGACUCGACAACGGGGAACCAGGUGUCCUAUUCGUCCACCUCAAAGGGGACGCAAAGGUCAAAGGUGACACUACUGUCCAAGUCUAGUCGGAGCCCGGUGACGUCAGAGGGGGAGGUAGCAUGCAGAUAGGUAUUAGAGAACUAGACGUGUAGGCACUAGGAUCAGACGAAGACUCAAUCUUGUGUUGUUCCUCUGGUUUAUGUGAGACUCUCAUUUAUACAGCCAAUGACUUUUAUCGUAUAUUGUGAAUAACAAAAAAUGGAUGGCAAAUUCUGUGCAAUUUCCAUAAACAUGCAGUCAAUGGAGGGAGGUGUUUAGGAAUCAUCAUCAUACAGGGAUACAAUAGUCUCUUUAGAAAUCCACUUUGCCUCCCACAAUUUUCAAAUGCUCUUCAUUUGUUGCCUAUGGUCUGGUUUUCGAGAUGAGGGUUUGUAUCGUUAGAGUUAUACAGGAUUACACAGUCAAUCUAUAUUAAUGGACUGUCUUUUAUAAAUCUGACAAAAUGGGAAAAAUACAGUUGCAGGGUGUGUUGUCCCUAUUCUUCGGUCUAGGUCAGUGGUUCCCAAACUUUUUAUAGUCCCAUACCCCUUCAAACAUUCAACCUCCAGCUGCAUACCCCCUCUAGUACCAGGGUCAGUGCACCCUCAAAUGUUAAUAAUAUAUAAUAAUCAUAAUAAUAUAAUAAUAAUCAAUAAUUUUGUUCUUUAUUUAACCAUCUUACAUAUGAAAUCUUAUUUGUACAUCGAAAAUUGUGAAUAACUCACCACAGGUUAAUGAGAAGGGUGUGCUUAAAAUGAUGCACAUAACUCUGCAAUGUUGGGUUGUAUUGGAUAAAUUCUUAAAUCAUUUCCCACACACAGUCCGUGCCUGUAUUUAGUUUUCAUGCUAGUGAGGGCUGAGAAUCCACUCUCAAACAGGUACAUGGUUGCAAAGGGCAUCAGUGUCUUAACAGCAUGAUUUGCCAAAGCAGGAUAGUCAGAGCGCAUCCCAAUCCAGACAUCUGGCAGUGGCUUCUGAUUAAAUAAAAUUUUCACAGAACCGCUUGUUGCAAUUUCGAUGAGGCUCUCUUGUUCAGAUAUCGGUAAGUGGACUGAAGGCAGGGCAUGAAAGGGAUAACUUUCAAUUACGUAGGUACUUUUCUGAAACUGAUGAAACAAACAACUGGAAAGUACCUACGUAAUUGCGCACCCAACUCACUCAGGUGCUUUGCUAUAUCACCUUUUACAUUGUCCGUAAGCUUGAGUUCAUUUGCACACAAAACAAUCAUACAAUGAUGGAAAGACCUAUGUGUUACCCUUGUUAAUGCAGAAAGAGAAGAGCUUCAACUUCUUAGUCAUAGCCUACAUUUUGUCCCGCACAUUGAAUAUAGUUGCAGAGAGUCCCUGUAAUCCUAGAUUCAGUUCAUUCAGGUGAGAAAAAACAUCACCCAGAUUGGCCAGUCGUGUGAGAAACUCGUCAUCAUGCAAGUGAUCAGACAAGUGAAAAUUAUGGUCAGUAACCCAUAUAAUUCACUGGCUUGUAUGCGAAGCAGUAAUUGUUUCAAAACAUCUCCUGCCGUGUCACUGAUGCAUUGUGAAACAGUGUUGUUUGAUGAAGACAUUGUCUGUAUAAUUUUUUGGCCUUUUCCCCUAGCAUUGUCCCAGCCAUAUCUGCGGCAGCAGGAAGAAUUAAGUCCUCCACAAUAGUAUGGGGCUUGCCUGUCCUAGCCACUCGGUAGCUCACCAUAUAAGACGCCUCUAACCCCUUCUUAUUAAUGGUAUCUGUUGCUUUUAUACAUGUCUUACUACUCAAAAGUCACCUUAGUUCUCCCUCUAGAAAGUGGAGUGGGAGGCCCCGGUGCACAACUGAGCAAGAGGACAAGUACAUUAGAGUGUCUAGUUUGAGAAACAGAUGCCUCACAAGUCCUCAACUGGCAGCAAAUGCUUGUCCUCUUGCUCAGUUGUGCACCGGGGCCUCCCACUCCUCUUUCUGUUCUGGUUAGGGACAGUUUGCACUGUUCUGUGAAGGGAGUAGUUCACAGCGUUGUACAGGAUAUUCAGUUUCUUGGCAAUUUCUCGCAUGGAAUAGCCUUCAUUUCCCAGAACAAGAAUAGACAGACGAGUUUCAGAAGAAAGUUAUUUGUUUCUGGCCAUUUUGAGCCUGUAAUCGAACCCACAAAUACUGACGCUCCAGAUACUCAACUAGUCUGAAGAAGGUCUGUUAUAUUGCUUUUUUAAUCAGAACAAUGGUUUCAACUGUGCAAACAUAAUUGAUCAAUAAGCCUUUUAAAAUGAUAAACCUGGAUUAGCUAGCACAACGUGCCAUUGGAGCACAUGAGUGAUGGUUGCUGAUAAUGGGCCUCUGUACGCCUACGUAUAUAUUCCAUAAAAAAUCUGCCUUUUCCUGCAACAAUGGUCAUUUACAACAUUAAAUGUCUACACUGUAUGUCUGAUCAACUUGAAGUUAUUUUAAUGGACAAAAAAUGUGCUUUUCUUUCAAAAACAAGGACAUUUCUAGGUGACCCCAAACUUUUGAACGGUAGUGUAUAUAUAUUUACGGCAUUGCGCGUACCCCCAGUUUGAGGAUACCUGGUCUUGGUGAAAUGCCUAUACAGUGUGGGUAUAACCCUUUCAUUGUCUACAUGUAUUGAUACAAAUAUCUCAUAGUAUGGAAUCAGCAUUACUACACAGUAUUACACAUUUGUUUUCAUUGUAUUAUCUCAAAUAUCCAGGGGUACAUUCCUUCAGGUAGGGUGACCUAUUCCAUAGCUUACAGCUCUGUGGUAAAUGUUUCAAUUGUCCGUGGAAUAGCUGAACAGUUUGUACCUAGAGGUCAACAACAGCAUUUUACAUUAAGCCGUUCUAAGUGAUGCCAUACUUUUUUUUCCCAUUUAGACGUGUUGGCCAAAUUUAGGCAUGUCCAUGUGAAAAUGGGUUACGGCGUCUGGAAUGGAUUUUUGUUCAUACCAUGCUGUGACUGCUUGUCUGGAACACAUUCAAGUUUUGGAUAUUUCCCUCAAAAAUUGUAUAUCAUGGAGGGUUUUUAAGGUAAAGCAUAGAGUCAGCAAAACAUCAUAAUGUGGUUUCGUCAGGAUUAUAUACCCUUAAUUUAGCCAUUAAUAAUGAUUUUGAUGUACAUUAGGCUGGUUUAUACUUGAAUACUUGAACUGGUGGCCUGGUAUUUUACAAUAUUGUUUCCACUGGUAUUUAUUCAGCUGGCAUUUACUAAGAAAGUAUGUUGUAUUAUUAUUGUACUUAUAUUCACAGAUUGAAAGAAAUCACUAAAAUAAAGUGCUAUAAUUUUUGGGGGG